AAAGUAGCUACUAGCUAACAAUGUCGAACAGCACUCGAAGUUUGCUCGAAAGCUCUUAUGAUAUCGGUCCAUGUGACUCGACACAGACCAGUUCAAUUGCAGAUCAGCUAAGAGCAGUGACAGACAGAGAAAUAUGUAUGGUAGACUAUAGGAAUUGCAGUGUUCUCCAAUGCAUGACAUGCAACACAGUGCUAGGAGACUCUCUCGGCAUCUGCGGGGAAGUCCAGAGCCUCCAGAGUAUCAUUUGUUUGAAUGUUACUGAGGAUGUGAGGGUGAAUAAAAAGCUGGAUAUGAGUUUGAAGGGUAAACUGGCUUCCUCCACCUACCAGGUCCUUCACUGUGCUGGUUGCCAUGGUACUGUUGGCCUGGUUCUUCACUCCACCCCAGAGCACCUGUCUGCUUUACGAAAUCUCUUCCUUUUACGAAAAGAGCUUAUCAACUGUUACAUGCUAAGAAGUGGCACAUGUGUUAAAGCCUCCAAAAUCAACUUCAAACACAGACUCGUGGACAAAAAUAUUAAAGAGCUGAAGCAGUAUUUAGAAGCUCAACUGAAGCAGGUGAAUAUUCUGGAGGGAAUGAUGGAAAAAUUGUCUACACACAAUGUAAACUAAAGAAAUGGCAG